AUGUUUGCGUCGCGCAUAUUCCACGCCGCCAAGUUUGGCACGCCGUCGAUUGUGCGUCAGCCCCUUUGUGUAAGCCAUAUACCAUACUAUCUUCCGUAUGAACUUGGUCUGCAGCUGCAAGAGCACCUCGUUCAGCGCCGCUUGUCUGCGCGUGGCGAGCUGCGCAAAGCCGGCGUCAAGCUGAGCGCCGCAGCACCGAGCGAGCCAUUGUCUCGCGACCUGAAACAUGCACACGAGAUUGCGACGAUGGAUAUCAUGCUCCUCUUGCAGCAUCUCCCCGUGUUCACCUACGGUCGCCGCAGCGAUCCACAGGCAGAGCCAGGCGUCCAACACACGCUACCUGCCCAAGUCAUCCAGACGCGGCGCGGCGGCUUGAUGACCUACCAUGGCCCGGGACAACUAAUCGGCUAUCCCAUUGUCGAUGUCGGCGCGAUGCAAGUCUCUGCGCAAUGCUACGUUGCAUGGCUCCAACGCGCCUUGCGCAACACGCUUGCGGCUAAUCCACUGUGCAUUUCUACGCAAGACCCGCCCACCGUCGAGCCUAAGUACGCGGGCGUGUGGAUUAACAGCAAGAGCAAGAUUGGGUCGAUUGGCGUACACAUCCGACACCGUCUCACCUCGCACGGAUUCUCCCUCAAUGUCCACGAGGACUCUUUGAGUGGAUUUAAAAAGAUCACCGCAUGCGGUCUGUCGGAUGUACGCAUGACGUGCAUCGAUGAGCAAGUGCUCCAGUCUGGGCGAAUUCCCGACGUGCCGCUCUCAAAAGUUGCAGAAUUGGCCGCUGCUGAGUUCGGCAAUGCGUUGGGUCGGAAGAUUGUGCCUGUGGAUGACAGUCUAAUCACCUAUGUACCAAGUGUAAACGAGCACGGGCAACAGUACGUCGACCACAUUCUCGUCGACGGCCACAAAAUCGUGCCUGCGUUGUAG